AUGACAACAGACAGACAACGUACCGAACGAACGGCAGACGAUGAUAGUGCGGCGCUCUUGAACUCCGCGAGUGAGUACGUACAAGUCGGCGAUCAGUGUUCGGUGCUGUGGUACCGCGGCGCUUCCGUACCAGUGCGGAGUGGUAUGUCGAGAAUGGGCAUCAUAAUCGGUACGUGCGUGCCGGACGCGGAGCCCGACGCGGCCGCGUACGGCGCCCAGACGAGGAGACCCCCGCGCCGGAUACUGUACGACAGGCGGUCAUUAAUAUCGUUCACAUUGUCCGCGAUGAUUAAGCGCGCUGACCUUAAAACCGCCACCGGCGUCGCAGGGCCCCGCAUACCUCAUUGUUCUAGACUCGUUCCGUGCCGUUUUUUUUUCUACACGAAGCCU